AACUUAUUACAGGAGUUAAAAAGCGAGUGGAACUCUCUGGUAUCUUCUAAAACUUUCUAGUCCCACGUCUCCCCAAAACCCCCAUUACUGUAAAACCAAAACAACAAAACCCUAGUUUUCAAAUCAUCAAUCAAUGGCGAUUCUCUCCGAUUACGUUGAAGAGCCUACUCAAACCACCAACACGGCGUCGUCCUCACAAUCCUCACCCCAAAAGCCGUUCACCGAAGUGCUGGACGAAUUAAACCCCCUAGGGUUCAUCGAGAAGGCUCUCGAGUUCGCUGCACUCGAAUCCAGCCUCUUCAAGUCCGAUUCAGUAGUCGAGGAUGUCAACUCUUUGGUCCGUGCUGUGAAAGAGAAGUUCGAUGCUGAGGAGAAGAAGAAGAAGCAGAAGGUUGUGGAUGAUAACGCAAAGUCUCGGAAUGUCGAAAAGCCCGUUAAGGUUUCGGAGCCUGUUCAAGUUAAGAAGCCGGAUGAAGAGGUGAAGGUUGAGGAAGAAGGGGAGAAUGAGGAAGAGAAGAGCGGAAAGCGAGCUCCUAACAGUGGCAAUGGCCUUGACAUGGAACGCUACAGCUGGGGUCAGUCUUUGCAGGAGGUGACUAUUAAUGUUCCAGUACCUCCUGGAACAAAAUCAAGGUUUGUUUUGUGUGAAAUCAAGAAAAACCACAUAAAAGUUGGGCUUAAGGGUCAACCUCCAAUAAUUGAUGGUGAUCUCUAUCAGCCUCUGAAAGUUGAUGAAAGUUUUUGGAGUUUAGAGGAUCAGAAGUCCAUCUCUGUACUUUUGACCAAACAGAACCAGAUGGAGUGGUGGAAAUAUUUGGUUAAAGGUGAUCCGGAAGUUGACACACAGAAGGUGGAACCUGAAAGCAGCAAACUGUCUGAUCUAGACCCCGAAACACGCUCAACUGUGGAAAAGAUGAUGUUCGACCAGCGCCAGAAGUCCAUGGGCCUCCCUACGAGUGAUGAUAUGCAGAAGCAAGAUCUUAUGAAGCAAUUUAUGGCUCAACACCCGGAGAUGGACUUCUCAAAUGCAAAGAUGAGCUAAGGGGUUACUGUCAGUUGCAGCUACAGCCUUUUGAAUCUUGUGAUAUCAGUUAAAAGAUGGAUCAACUUUUUUGUAAACUGCAUGUUGGUUUAACUUUUGUGCUACUGAAACCUCUAUCGAUAUAUCUAGACUUUUGAUACUAUUAUACUGAAAGAGCCGUUGGCUUUCAGCUAAAUGUUAGUCUUUGCUCUCUAUAGUAAGCAUUGCCAGUUGAACUAUCAAAAGUUGUUGAUCAAGAAACGUGCUUACUGAAUUUCUUGAUGUGUUUGAGAGUCUGAUGAUGGUAAAAUAGUAGGAGUUCUUGUGUAAAAAAGGAAGUUGUUUUUCGAGAGAAGUUUUUAAGACGCAGUUUGGUCAUUAUGUCUACAUGGUUCUAUUUGUGCUGAAAAAAUUAAUAGAAGUGAUAGUUUGGUUGCUUA